CCGAGCCGCAGUUCUCCAAGCCUAUCCACUUCCAUCUCCCCCAGAGGCCAUUCCUCGCGUCACGAAAAAUAACAUUACCAAAGUGUCAUCGAAUGUAGUUUCGUGUUUAUUAAACUCCUAACCUCAAAUACCAAUAAUGAGGAAGCGUUUAAAGCCCCUUAAACCCCAGUGACCGAUGCUAUUGCACACCGCGACUUGCCCGCACCGCGUAACCAGUGUUUUCCCCCAAGUGCGCGUAGUUCGCCGUCGGAUCGAAGGCGUAAACCCACUCCGGGAUCUGGCGCAAUGGCGGACGUACGUCUGGUUAACACCGACGCCGAGCCCGAGCAGGCGGAGGAGGCCUGCGAGGACAAGAAAAUCUUUCGUCCCGGUGAUUAUCUCCGACGAGUGAUUCGCGAUUGGAUGCGUUCGCGCGAUCCCCAAUCGGUGAUAACCGACAAGUCACCAGCUAGCAUAGCAAUAGGAGUCAAUGCCGAUCUAAAUCUGCGCAUUGGUGCACAAAGAUCCCACUGCACAUGGACAUGGAUCUUCGAGGUGCGAAGUAUGGGAAGAGCCCUGAAAAAUCUCGUACUCUCCCUGGACGCGCAUCGCGAACACUUUGGCAUAAGAUCGGUAUUCCGCGAUGGGAUGAGGAUCGGCUACUCGGACGGCCAAGAGUGGCACGAUCCAGUGAUCGAUCAUCAAUCCCCCCGUCAGGUGGAUGGAUUGAUGUGCUACACCAUAGAGAUAUUCUUUGCCGCGAAUGGACACGGUACAUACCGACAAAAUGUCCUCUUCGGUUUCGACGGUUACCCCGUUAUCCGGCGAAAAAUAUGCGCCGACAUUGUGCCGGUGAACGAUCUAACGCGCUUAAACGACGCAACAAAGUAUUUUUUAAACCAAACAGCCCACGUUUGGUCGUCGAGAAGCAAUGAUUACCAUCGAUUCGAUUCGCCAUUUGUACCGGCAACCGAUCCCUGGGAGAAAAAUAUCGCCAAGGCUUAUCCAUAUCCUGGUGAAGAUGUAUUUAUACUGUCGCAUGCUACAUUGACUGAGGACUCCUUAACGCGUACUAAUUACCGUGGUAGAAUGCACGAGUUGAUAUCGGUUGAGGAAUUGGCGAGACACGAACAGGUCGCUAGGUACAAUACUAUUGUGCAGAUACAGUUGUCAUCGUGUUAUAUAUUGUCGUCGGAUACUGAUGGCUCGACAACAGCUAAAUAUGCACCACUUGGAGAACUAUUUGCCCAGUUGCCUUUAGGUCGUGGUGUCUCAGAGGACAUGAAGAGCGGUCGUCUACUCCUCCGUGGAUGCAAUACCAUUCUGAUGAAGCUAUUCAACUCCCCGGAUAGCCCGAUAAAUCCAGAAUCAACAGAUGUUUACGAAGCGCAUGUUGAAGACAAAUGUAAUUACAUGAUAUACGCUAGACUGUCAAAAUCAUGUGUCGAACGUUUGAAUUUAAAAGCCGACACUGAAGUUAAGAUGUACGUGCAGUUUGUUCUCAACAGAUUGCCAUUCUGUGAAUGGCACAGAGCUGUUGAUUGUCUGCCAGAUACACGUCUAGUUUUUCCCGAAUCACGCUACGAAUUACCAAUGCGUCUACCAUCCGUCCUUGAAUCCAAUAAAAAUGGGGCUAAAUGGUGUGAAUUGUUGGAUAAUAGAUUGAACGAUAGACAGAGAGAGGCAGUUAAACUUAUGAUAGCACCGAUUGAGAGAUAUCUGCCACCGAUAUUGUUACUUGGACCUUAUGGAACGGGAAAGACAUUCACUAUUGCCCAAGCAUUACUGAUACUCUUGCUCCAGAAUCCCAUGAAUAAGGUACUGCUGUGUACACAGAGCAACAGUGCAGCUGAUCUUUAUGUUAAGGAGUUCUUUGAUGAGUGGUACACCACGACCAAGGAGGAGAGACUGAAACCGAUGAGAAUAUACUACAAGAGACGUUUGAGAACGACUGUUCACCCAACAGUCCGGAAAUACUGCCUAGUAGACCCCAACGGCUACUUCCGCGAUCCCACAAAAGAGGACCUGGACUCUUGUGGAUUGAUCGUGACAACCCUCGCAACUUCUGGCUGUUUAACAGCCCUAGACGUACAACCCACCCACAUAGUCAUUGACGAAGCAGCCCAGGCCCUCGAAUGUGAAGCACUAACCCCAUUGGCACUUGUCGGUCAAAGGACUCGAAUCAUUCUCUCUGGAGAUCAAAUGCAACUUGCCCCGGAAGUUUACAGCGACUUGGCGAAGGAGAGGGGUCUUGGUACAAGCCUCCUCGAGAGAUUGCACAAUGUCUACUCGCAAAAUCAUCCGUGCAGAGUCAGUCUGUGCCAGAAUUAUCGGUCACACGCGGAUAUCGUCAGACUGACGUCCAAUCUUUUUUAUGGAAAUGAGAUUGAACCCAGUGGUCCUUUACUGCCUAAUCAUCCUAAUCUGAAGCCGUUGCUGUUUUAUGCUGUGCAGGGGAUUGAAGUUCAGGGACAAUUCUCAACAGGCUUCUACAACGACGAAGAAGCUGUGGAAUUAGCAAAAAGAAUAGCAUCCCUAAAAACCUGUUGGCCAGUGGACGAAUGGGGUCCAUUCGGUGAAGAUUCAAUCGGCGUAUUAGCCCACUAUUCCGAACAAGUGGCGCGCAUUCGUAAUGAACUGCGUAAACGAAAAUUAUUCUCAGUAUCAGUGGAGCGUGUUCUCAAUGUACAAGGAAAACAAUUCACAGCUGUGUUUAUCAGCACCGUGAGAACGAGAAAUUGCUGUCGAUAUUCAGCCGAGAGUAGUGUCAGUGAUUAUGGAUUUUUAACGAAUCCAAGAUUACUCAAUACAGCUAUAACACGUGCUAAAGCACUGGUGGCUGUUGUUGGGGAUCCAGUGGCACUUUUGACAACUGGCUCGUGUCGUUCACUCUGGGCAAAGUACUUUCAGAAGGCAACUGUACGAGGUAUACCCCAGCAACUUUUGACACAGCAUAUGACACGCAGUAUGGCAACGCCAAUGCCACUUGGAAUGCCCUUAAAUCCAUUGGCGAGGGAAUUUGUACCACGACAGGCGCAGCGAGCAGACUGAGCAUUUAUUUAUCCUCGUUUAUUUCGAUGAAUUAAUGUCCGUGGAAUAAUCGAACAACUAUUGAAUGGUUUUGUGAUCAUGAUUAUGUUGCUUCCCUCAAUUUUCGGAGUUACUGUGUAGUUGAGAGAAUAGUGAGCAGGAUAGAGAUAUCUCAGUGGGAAAUUAAUUUACUCAGUUCUCUUUGUUACUUUAUUUUUGUUUUUCCCACCCCUGACAUCUCGAGAAUACAAAACCGGCUUGACACGAGUCGGUGUAAUUUUUAUAAAUGUACUGAGCGAGAAAAAAGUGAAAAAGAAGAAAAAAAAUGUGUAGUUGAUUAAGAUAUAUGAGAGAAUGAAAUAAUGUAAAUGCCACAUCUACCCGAUGAAAUAUCUAUAUGUCUGAAACAUUAA